AUGUCCUUCGUGGAGCGGAGAUUGAAGCCACUUCCGAAGACCUUCGCAUAUGAGGACGAGGCAUCACCGGUGCGGCGCACUCGGUCAUGGACCUUCUCAGAUUAUGAGAUGGGAUCUGCUGAUCCUGAAGAUUCUGGUGCUGAAAGCAUCCCAGUAUGGCCAGACACCGAUGACGAGGAGCAAAUGAGCAUGAACUUUGAGACAUAUCGAAAGAACACAGAGCAGAGCUUCCAGAGCCUCCAGAGCACACUGGAAGGUUCCCCGCGAAGUGAAUCAGAGACGGGUCCCACGCCCACCAGCAUCGAUUUGGCCUCAGCCCUGGGGGACACACCGAGCACAUCGGCAUCGUGCACCACGUCUCUACGGCCGGCGCCUGUGAAUGUGACACUGCCCAUCCUCCCUCACCCUGUGAAUUGUCACAGUGAGAUGCUACUGGCCACCAAUCCUCAAUUUUCCCCGGUCUCCUGUGGAGCGAGGACGGCUCCAGCUACCUCCCCACAAUCAUCGCCCAUCGGUGCCCCAUCCUUCAAGUUGGACGGCUAUGGCGGCCCCAUCUCGCCCAUCUCGCCCAUGUCGGAUGGCCGGGGAUCUAAAUCCAAGGACAAGCAACGGUCCCGACCGGAGCCCAAAAGCAGUGGUGAAACCACCACUUUGAUGAUCCGUAACUUGCCAAGUCAUUUGACACAAACAGAGUUGCUGAAUGAAUUGAACAAACUCGGCUUGUCAAAGCUCUAUGACUUCUGCUACUUGCCGCGAGAUUUCAACGUUGCAGAGAACAAAGGCUAUGCCUUCGUGAACUUUGUAUCUCCAGAAACAGCUCACAUGUUCCGGAAGUCCUUCGCCACGGGAUUCCUGGCGGGACAGCAGCCGGUGAUCGCCGAUGCGCUGAUUCAAGGCUUAGAAGCGAACUUGAGGAAGUGGUGUGGACCACGACUGAGUCGUAUCAGAAAUCCAGAUCUGAAGCCAUUUGUUGCAGCAGAAGCUCUGGAAAGUGGUUCUACGGACCGGACAGUGGCCUCCACACAGAGUCAGGCUCGCGCUAUGAUGCCAGCUGUCGACCUACAGCCCAACACCCCGACCCCGGUGCGUCACUGA